AUGAUUGGUGAAGGUCCGGAGGACGGUUUCCGAGUCUAUAUUCCACCAGUUGUCGACUCCGAGAAUCGUGAGGCAGAUCCCGAUGCUUCCGACGACUGUUUGCUCCCUCGAGAUGAAGAGACCGGCUCCAGUUAUGUUCCCGUCUGGUUACGGGAAUCCUCCAAGUCGUUUCGCUGGGGCUGGGUACCUCUGCCUAUUCGAAAGGUUGGACGCGCUACUGCGAACUGGGUGAAGGGCCCGAGUCCUCCACAUUCGCUGCUGCUGAAACCGCUAUUCCCGCAAAUCCAAGAGCUUCCGGUCCGGUAUCUGGACAGAUUGUUCCCUAAGCGGAAGCACAAGAUCUCUUUACUUGUGCUCCUAUAUAUCGCUUGGUUUACGCCUUGGACCAUUGUUCUGCUUCACUCUCGCUCGGCUGGCUACAUCGAGGGAUAUGGACGACCGCAAACCCUUUCGUGUUCGACGACCUUUUGGGAGCAUGGAAAUGGAUGCGGUCUCAACGGGAACGAUUGCCGUCCGUUUUCUGCCUCGACCGUUGCCUUCCGCUGCCCGGCAAACUGCCACGAUGUCAAAUUGUUGCAACCUCACACCGUUGGCAACCAGACCUACAGCUACCGAGGACUAGUCGUCGGAGGACCACAAGCAGAUUCGUCCUUGCCCGGUGUUUACCGAGCCGAUAGUUUCGUGUGCCAGGCCGCUAUCCAUGCUGGUGUCAUUACGAACGCAGUUGGCGGCUGCGGUGUUGUGAAGCUAGAAGGAGCGGCACACUCAUUCACUGCUUCGAAACAGAACGGGAUUCAGUCUGAGGGCUUUCCAUCAACUUUCCCAAAGGCCUUCAGCUUCGUCGGCCUGGAUUCCUCCCAGGCUACUUGCCCACCAGAUCCAAGAUGGCCUCUUUUGGGCAUAACCAUUGCCGCCCUCGCACUUCUGUGGCUCUUCUCGACGUCGCCGCCGGUCCUGUUCUUUAGCACCUUUUUCAUGCUCUUUUGCCAAGUGGGGUUGGUGUCUGAUCCGCCGUCGAUUCCCCAGUUCGCCGACCUUGUGUCCACUCUACUUGCGCGAUUAUUACCAGCAUCGUUUGUAGUCUACGUGCUGUUCAAGUAUUGCGCGCGUCCUCUCCUAAGGCCGCUUUCUCAGCCAAAGUUCCAGUUGACCAAAACAUUCUUGUACUUGCCACCUGCUUUCAUAGGCGCUUUGAACAAUUACACUUUUGCGAGAUUGAUUCCGCUGGAGAGACUGACCCCUCAUGAUAUUCAGCGGCAACCGGGAGCGAAAUUGGCGCUGGCUCUGGUGAUUCCGACCGUGCUCACAGUUAUCCUCAGCCAGGCCUGGCAAAUCCGCCAGGGUGGCUUGAUGCCGCAUUAUCUCAAGGUGUACUGUACCAUGGCUCUCAUCCUCCUGAUUCUGCUUCCACUACCGGGGCUCCGUCUUCGAAUUCACCAUUACAUUCUUGCCAUCCUGCUGAUGCCGGGGACGGCAUUUCCCACGCGACCGUCGUUGAUCUAUCAAGGGCUGCUACUUGGGUUAUUUAUCAAUGGUGUGGCGCGCUGGGGCUUCGCAUCCAUCAUUGAGACACCGACAGCUUUAGGAGAGCUACCGGGCUUUGACAGUUGGUGGGGGUCAACAUACCCCAACAUCACAGAUGCGUCUGUCAUUAUUUCGCUUCCUGAUGCGGGCUCGCCUGGGUAUCGUGGAAACGGUAACAUCACUUUCGAGCUAUGGGAGAGGGAACGCAUGGCUAAGCUCGAUGUCGACGGAGUCAGUGUUUUGGUCAAUGACGUGGAACGCUGGCGAGGGUACUUGGAUGAGGAUAAGCGCGGAGAAUUCACCUGGCACCGACAUGGACAUAAUGGUCUCGAGUUGUUGCACGGUCCUACGAUUGAAAGUAGCCCGGACGCUGGCGUGGCUGUCACCGAUGCGAAGGAUGACGGGAAACCCGAUGAUCUCUUCUUCCGCUUCGCCUUCCUUCGAGGAGCUGAACCGGGCAAGUACGGACCAGCAGGUGUCUGGCUUGAAGACGGGUCGUGGCUCCCACCAGCGCCCCCGAAGGCUUAG